UUUGGCACACAAGCAAGUACCGUACAUUAGUAUUAGAGUUCAAUCAAUUUGGAAGGAGUGUGUUAGUAUGAUACGUGUGUUUUUUCGUGGAAUCGUGGUUUUUGUGCAGUAACGCUACGCUAAUAUUUUAACAUAUUGGAAAUAAGAAGGCAACGCCACAAAUCAUAUUCGUUGAAUUAGACAACCGGCAGCGGAGACUGAGACAUUUCUUACAUUCCUGAUUUACUAAAUCUUGUGUUAUUUCAUGCAGCCAUGGCAAGAAGACCGGCGGUACGUGAAUACGGUGAAGACUUUAGCUUUGUCAGUCCCGUGGUCAAAUAUUUGCUCUUUAUCUUUAACAUGCUCUUCUGGGUGAUUUCAAUGGUCAUGAUUUCAAUUGGAGUUUAUGCCAGAGUAAUGAAGCACGCAGAAGCGGCUAUGGCAUGUCUAGCUGUAGACCCUGCUGUUAUGUUAAUGGUGAUUGGAGUAUUAAUGUUUCUAAUAACUUUCUGUGGGUGUAUUGGCUCUGUACGAGAAAAUAUCUGCCUCUUACAAACGUUUUCCAUCUGUUUGACCAUAAUCUUUCUGCUGCAGCUGGCAGCUGGAGUCCUGGGAUUUGUCUUCUCUGAUAAGGCACGGGGGAAAGUGAGCGAGAUUAUCAACAAUGCCAUUAUUCAUUAUAGGGAUGACCUUGAUCUCCAAAACCUGAUUGAUUACGGACAGCAAGAGUUCAGCUGCUGCGGUGGGAUAUCGUACAAGGACUGGUCUCAGAACAUGUACUUCAACUGCACUCCUGACAAUCCCAGCAGGGAGCGCUGCUCUGUCCCGUACUCCUGCUGUCUCCACCCUAAAGAUGAGGCUGUGAUCAAUACAAUGUGCGGCCAGGGAAUGCAGGACCUGGAUUACUUGAAGGCAGGAGUGUUCAUCAACACCAACGGCUGCAUCGACAAGCUGGUGAACUGGAUCCAUGGGAAUCUCUUCCUACUGGGAGGGAUAGCGCUGGGCCUCGCCAUUCCACAGUUGGUUGGGAUCCUUCUCUCCCAAGUACUGAUCAACCAGAUAAAAGACCAGAUAGAGUUGCAAAGGUACAACCUGCAGCACCGAUCGGAUCCCUGGAGCUGACAUGGCGAGCGCUGCUGAGAACAUGUGAGCACUGUCAGGGGGGUGCUAUUGGAGACUGCUGUACUUUUUGUUGAAGAUGAACUUUUCAGUACAGAGGUUUGUUCAUUGGGCUAUGCCUAGAAACUAAAAUUCAGUGUCAAGGGCUUGGAGUCAUAAAGGCUAUGUAGUAUGUUAAUGGGAGGCAUGCUGGUGAGCAGAGAUCUGAAUAUCAAAGUGUGCUGACCCUCUUUGAUAUUAGAAUAGUGGUUGUUUGUGAAUCCUAGGUCCAUUAAAUAUCAGCACUCCCAAAGGGUUACAUAGCACUGUAUGAUAUUGAAUAUUUUAAUACUUAGUCUAUUAAUAAAAGCAUUGAAAAACCUGAUAUUUUAAAAGAGGAACCAUCUGUUAUACUGACGUUUAUUUAAAAGACCCAUUUAAAAUAUAAUAAUUAAUGCAGCUCAUUAUGGAUAAGUUGUUUUUCUUUUCUUUUUUACUUUCCUUACUGAGCUGGAAACAUUUAUUUAAUGUGGAUACAAAUUGAAAAUGACAAUUGCAUAACAUUGUAAUGGGAAAGAAAGAAAG